AAUGAAUCACUCUUAUGCACAUCAAUUUUGUGAUGCAAACACUUUGAUGAAUGAAAAAAUUUGUGUAAAGCAUUUUCAAGCGAUUAAACGUAUAGUUUCACGAAAAAAAAAAUCGUGUGGUUCAUUCUGGCAGCUCAAUGAUCAAUCUUUAGAAGGCUUCAUAUGUCCUUACAAAUUAACGAAUUCCCUACUCCAUUACGGUUAUCUGGAUGAAGCAUUAUUAUUGAAUAUGUUUAUGGCAAGUCAAAUCGUUACAACGGCAUGCCCCAAAUGUUCGUUAGUACCGGUAUCGUCUCAAGUAGCGUAUAAACGACUGUCUCACAACAAUACUCUUCAACUCAAAAAAUAUGGUGUACACAAAAAUCUCAUCUUACAAUUAACUCUUGCCAUGUUGAAAAAAAACAAAGUGACCCUUGAUUUUCUUUUUCAAUUUUUUCAAUUAAUACAGCAUAUACUCAAUUUUCUUGUCACUGUACAUACUAGCGUAAACCAACAAACGGUCGAAGAAUUUUUCAACCAGAACCUAGUCUCCUCUUUACCUGAGAAAAGUUUCUACUCAUGCAAUGGGAACAACUUAACUCCAGCGAUUCUUUGUCUUUUAACCAACAUUCAUUUCUUAUUUCAUUUGGGCAUACUGCCUACUCUUCGUUCUUUAUGUCAGACUGAAAAAAUUUUCGACACACCCUCAAUCAUUCUAGCUAUACAAGUAAGAGCACCUAUACUUGGUAUGCGUCACAAGCCAACUUGCAGUGCUUUCGUGCUCUUCUAUUUUCAAAAGUGACCCCAGUGAAUGAAGAAAGUUUAGAUGACGCACCAUGCUGGAAUGUUUCAUAUCUCAUUUCAUUUUGGAUAAGUCUUUUAAAGAAAACUUCAAAAAAUGUGUCAAAUUGCUCAAUGCAUUCACACAAUCUAGCACACUUUUCUGAGGCUUUUUUUAUUCCGAUUUUUCCUUUUUUAAAUAAGACUCAAAGG